GAUAACCUUAAAGUAUAUGUUUAGCACUUUUGUACUUAUUUGUUACCUACAGGGUUUUAAAUCAGCCUUCAUAUUAUUUGUUUCCUAAUCACCAUUUACAUUAAUUAUAUCUCAUAAAUUGAGCAAAAUGAAGAAUAAUCCAGAUAGAUCUGGUGAGGAUGAAGGGUUGCUUGAGAAUGGCCUUCCACAACCUUUUGUUGAGUCCAUGAGGACACUAUUUGACAUUCUUGAUGAUCAGCAUACAGGACAAGUUAGGUUUUCAGACAUUGAGCAAAGGUGGCAUGAAGAUGAGGAUUGCAGUACCUCAGGUCUACCAGCCGGAGUCCUGGAAAGUCUACGAGUUGUAACUCCUCAAGAUGGAUAUCUGUCAUUCUCUAGAUUCUGUAAAGGAUUGCAGAUAUGUCUGUUGAGAAGUAAAUCAGGCAAUCCAUGUUUCACUCCCACAUCUCUUGCUUCCUCUGCACAGUCUUCUCCCAGCAGUGGAGGGGAAAACUUGCGUUCAAAUGACAGCCAUCGGACUCCUGGAAACUGCCUGGCAAAUCGUGAUGAGCUCCCCCCUCCUGUCCCUCCACCUCCCUCUCAACAGGCUUACCCUUCCCCUCCUUCCCUGCCUUACCAUUCACACGCCGGCAGUUCUACUAAUCACUCCAGUACCAAUGUUGACAUGAAACGCUGCGUUCCUCAUACUGCCAAUAAUUCAAGUAAUGCAAUGUCAGGAUGGUCUUCUCAGCAACCAAAACCUAAUUCAGCUACAACGGGACUUUACAGCGGUACCAAUAAUUUGUAUGAUGUGAAGAAAUCUAAAGACGGACCAAUUUAUCAGCAGAAUCCAUCUUCAAUGUCUAUUGGAAAAUAUCACACAAAUGGCUACUCCAACCCUGUGGAUAAUGGGCAAGCCAAGGGCAGUAAUAUUACUGGAUCAUCUCAAUUCAGAAAUUCUCACUCUACAAACCAUGGGACUAGCAGCAAUUCAAUACCCACCUCUCCCCAAAAGAACUCUGCUAGUAACAAUAAUGGUCAUUCAAACAAUGAAGUUCAUUCCACCUCGAGAUCUGGUUUUGGACAGGUACAGAAAACAGAUAUAAGGAUGGGUACAGGAGGAAUGAUGAGCAUGUAUGGCAAUAAAGGUUCUUCAUCAGGCAACUCCAAUGUAAAGUCUCAUAUGCCUGGAUCUUCUCAGGGGCCACCAAAGCCUCCAAGAUCUUUAGAAGCUCCAAACUCUGAAAGUAAUCUCAUUACUACUGAUAAAUUCAAUGGAAAAACGAAUGGUUCAUCAAGUCAUUCACGGCAAGCUUAUUCUGGACAUAGGGUAGACAGUAUCAUAAAUAAAAUGGAAGCUCUUAGUACCUACGCAACCAGCACCAACACUAACAAUAAUAAUUUGCAUAAAGAAAAAAUUUAUGACAUGGUUGCUAGUAAGAACAGGCGUGGGAUUUCCACUACCAUAAAUGGUUACCAAGUAACGAGUAACAAAUCCUCAAGCUCAUCUAAUCAGGUGCAUUCAUACGAAGGACGGAAUGGUCAUGAGACCACCAACUAUGAUCACCUAAGCUCUGAACGAAUGAAGCGAGGAAAUUCAAAGCCUUCAGCAAUGGCAUCAAGUAGUGGUGGUGGCCGUGCGCCGGCAGCUCUCCCUCUGUCAGCCGUUCUGAAUGGUUACAGUCUGCAGCGCUCACAAACACAUUCCCACAUCACGACAUGCAGUUUAGAGAGAGACUCCAGAGCUGAUACAUGGAGAGUAUCUCAAGAAACUUCCUCAGGGCAGAGAAUGCGUACUCAACGAGGAGGCAGUCUGGAACGAUUGCUAGAUGAUCACCACAGUCACAACAACCACAACCAGCUACUGCAACCUUACCAUCACCACCACCCACACGGUCCGUCUCGUCACUACCACAGCAGGGAGUCCAGUAAUGACACCUCUUCUACCGCGCCUCUUCACCCGUAUCACUCCAGUGCCGACUGGAGCUCCCCAUCCACCAACCAAAACUGGAACUCGACUUCCAAAUCAGCUUAUGACGCUCCUCCUCAGGUCGUCAUGCCAAGCAAGAACCAGACUUCGAACGGAGAGACUUUCAAUCAGCGCUUCCAGCAAUCAGGGAAUACGUACAACCAACCUCAAAGGCUUCCCCAGUAUCCUCCUCAAACCGCACGCAAACCUAACCCUCGCGAGAGGGGCAGCGCGGCUCCGUUCGUGGCCAAUCUCGCCCCGAAUACGUCCCAUAAAUCUUCAACUGCUGUCAAGUACAGCGUUGUCACUGGCAACUCUGGGGGCAGUGUUGAGGUGUCAUCUAGACGACCGUCCACUGAUAUUCUCUGUUCACCUCCUGUCUCUAAUAAACUCGCUUCAGGAGGGUCUACUAGUGGAGGAAAUAUGAUAGCCCAGCCUCUGACCACUACUGCUGGCGCUGUUGACAAUAGACUGACGAUGAGCAGCUACGCAUGGAUCAGAGGUGGCGAGGACACGAGCAGCAACAGCGGCGAUGGAGGUUACUUUUCCUCUAACCCAGGCCCUCCUGUGGGACCUCCAGCACCUAGUGCCGCUCCUGUAGCUGACACUGACGAAGGAGGCACUGCUGGAAGCAGCAGCCGCGGGCAUAAGAAGAGCCGCCGAAGGGAUGCGCGUAGACAUACACUCCAGAAUGGACUUGAUCACGCCACGGUGCGGCGAGCAGGACAGCUGGAGGCGGAGCGUGACAUGCUGCACCAGGGCCUGCAGGUGGUCGAGCAGGCACGCCAGUGGUACAGGACGGCACUCCACAACCUCCUCUACAACCUCCACCACAACACCAACGUCGUCCAGCCAUAUGACAGCGAAGCCCAGCAACAGAAGCUUCAUUAUCAGCUCGCACGCAUCACUGAAAUCAACAGCCAACUGAACGCCCUCAUGAGCGCCUCAGACAUGCCCCAUCAUUUGGCUCUGGCGUCGUCGACGUCUUCUGCCCAAGGAGCUCCCACUGCUCCCCUUGAGGCCAACACAAGCCAAGAGAAAAUCAGAAUCGAGGGACAAGUCAAGAAUCUUAAAGAUCAGAACCACAAGCUUACUGAGGAGGUGAGUCUCAAGAAUCAACAUAUCUCUGUGCUGGAACAAGACAAGAGUCGCCUUCUGCGCGAGCUUUUCCAAGCCAGGAGCCUGAGACCCGGCAACGGCCAGUCCAACAAUCAGGCCGAUAGUACAUUCAUGUGAAUGCCGACUGUACAUUCGUGUGAACGCUGACUGUAAAGUAAUGUGAAUGCUGACGAUACCUUCGUGUGUAUGCUGACUGUACAUCCAUGUGAAGGUUGGAGGUACCUUCAUGUGUAUUAUGAUGACAUUCGUAGGAAUGAUGACGGUUAUGUUUAAUGAAUGAUCACAGUUUCUUCGUGUGAAUGACGAACUUCCAAUUAAAUGAAAUAUGAAUGCUGAAAGUGCUUCAUCUGUGGUUAGUGAGACUGUGCUGGCAAAUAAAGUUGAGAGCACCGCAUUUUAAUGCUGGUGAUUGACGACCGUUUUUGUACGUACUGAAGAUCGGAGUAUUCCAAUGCGUAACAUUAACACGAUUCAUGAGAAUUAUGCAAUGAAAAUUUGUUGCUCACUCUUGCUGAAUUUAGAUUAAUUUUAAUAUAAGGAAACAUGCUGGUUAUUUCAGGCAUGUUUCCGCAAAUAUGAAAACGACGCAUAUUAUGCUAAACUUGUUUUUUGUUUUCUUUGAAGGUCAGUACUUCGAUACAGGAUUGCAAUUGCGAAGUCUAAAGAAAGUAGUGGCUUCUACUGUUGCUCCUUGUGCUACACCCGUCGUCUUUUUUUCCUUCAUUGAUCAAUUCUUGAAUUCUCAAUUAUUUUUAUGCUCCGUUAGCCAUUACGUUCAUUCACCAGCAGGAAUGACUGCCCAGUUUCCAUGUUCUGUUGCUAUUUCUUAAACUGUGCCAAACUUUCCGAGCUUCUAGUGCCAUAACUGUAACGGUAGCACAGCAACCUCCUCAAAUUAUCUAAUAUUUGACGACAGAUAUUUCUCAUACUAUAACUGAGUAACGACUUAUGUUUUAGUUAAAAUACUUCCAUGAGGGUUUUUAGUGCAUAAUUACUAUCCUUCGAGUAUCUACGCUUUUGGCAAGUUACUCUAGUGUUGUAGGUUUUUAUCGCUUUUUAGCACUAGUUAUUAAUUUGACAAUACUAAAUUCUCCUUAAUUAAUACUUGGAGAAUAUCGCGUGGUAAUGUUGGCCGUAAUUGUGGAAUUUUUUAUUAAUUAUUAACUUGGCCGUCUAAUCUGAAUUAAGAUAGACGUGUAUAUUUUACCUGAUAGUUGUCUGUAUGGUGAAUUGCAAUACAUUCCAUUAGCUCUUAAUAUUGGUUGUUGUGCUAUUGAAUGUUUUACGGGUUGAUGGUUUUAGCUGUUGCUGCGAUAAAUAUCUUAUCGGCUUGUGACCUUUACUUCUUUAAUAAUGUUAACGAUCUCGAAUAGCGGAUUGGUGCAAGUGUGUUCCAUGACUACGAAUAAAGUAACUUAAGUGUUCGGUCGUUCAUGCGAAGUAUAUCAAUGUAUCGCUAUGUAUUGAUAUGCUUAGUGCCCAUUAUAAUCAGAAAGCACAAGAACUUGUUGCGCGCUUUCUACUACUACGUGUAAAGGCAAGAGGGACUCUAGUGUCGCUACAAGCUUGAGGGAUUGAAGUUAAAUGAUUUUUUCUCUUAGUUAAUCGCGACCUUAGCGUUCAGUUGAAUUGCGUGAUCAACGAGAUUAAGUUGUUGGUUUCCGUCUCUGAAUUUUAGUUUGUCAUCCAUAGCCACUUCAUAAUUUACCGUUUUUUUUUUUCAAUAGCAAGAUUUAGUAAAAUCUAUUGAAUGUAUGAUAAGUUACCAGAUUCCGUCCUAUGCAUCAAACAAUUAUCACGCAGCAAUAGCAUGAGAGGAAAUAACUUGAUCUUUUACAAAUAACAUUAGAGCGACGCAUCCAUGACGUGUCAGCAUGUUGUGAUUGACAGCAUUGAAUACAAAAGUCAUUUUUCAAAUUUACAAUGCUUUCCGAAUUAACAAUAGAAAUUUGAGAUUUUAGAUGCUUUGAAAUAAAUUGCUUUGAAUCGUU